UGGAUAAAAACAGUCAUAAUCUUUCGAAUUUUUCGUUUACGUUAACAACAAGCCCUUCAAAAGAAAGGUAAUUUAAAAAGCAACAUUUCCUCAUCAUUAUCUCAAAAAUGUCAUAUUUGACUUUUUUGCACUGAGGGUGCGAUGUAUUUCAAAAUCUAGUACUUUUAUUCCGUUGCAAUCAAGUGUAAACAAACCCUAACGUAAUAUAUCAUUUCGAUUCGAAGCGGGUGCUUUUACGUUACGUUUACGUAAAUUAAUGAACUGAACGUAUACCAUGCAUACGAAACGUCAUUCGAUAAGUUGUAUUGUUCUCUCGUGUUCGUAGAAAAAUCACGAUUAUUUAUUAUUAAUUAUAAUGGAAAAACAAACCAGAAUGACAAAUGCAAACAAAUUAAAUGCAAUGCAAAAAACUAUAAUGGCUGAAUUUAUGGGUUCCCAUCCCAGUCUGGCACAAAACCUUAUCACAACUUGUGCUAAGGGAAGAGCCAUAGCCGAAAAACUGUGGGAUACUUUAACCAAUAAACUAAACAAUGCUGGUCCUCCAAUUAAAGAUGCAAAAGCAUGGAAGAAAGUAUUCGCCGACCAAAAGUAUCAGGCAAAGAAAAAAUUAUCAUUUAACAAGACUCUGAGGAAGAAAGGCAAUGGUGAUUAUCUGUGCGAACAAAAACGACUAUCUGUUGCCAAUCAGCUAAUACUAGAAGCCAGUGGCGUUAAGUUGGAAUCGCUAGUAUAUAAAAACACAGAGUCACAUUCCAGCACAGCAUCACCAGUUUCUUACAACGAAAAUGGGAAUACUGAAAUUAAAAUUGAAAUAGAUGAUUCCAUGAAUUCACUUGAUUCACUUUGUUACGUUGAUACAACGAACAGGGAUGCAGAACAAUUGGAAUAUGAAGAUGAAAAGACAAAUGAUACAGUGGGAAUACAGAAUACGUUCAGCCAAGAUGAUUCCAUUCAAUCAUUGGUCAAUAACUCACUGCAUCAAGAAGAGCAACAGGAAGAAGAAGAAAAAAUACAAAUUACCAACAUAUACCAUGUUGAAGAUUUCAAUAAACGAAAACUUAACUACAAAGAUGAUUCUAUUGAUGAAGUGGUUCCGAACAUCAGAAAUGAUAAUAAAAAACAAAAACUUGACCAAGACGACAAUACAAGACAUAAAUUGGUUCAUGAAAUUACCAAUUCAGUUACAUCAGAAUUCCAAAAGAGAAUCGAAACUAAACUAGAUCGAUUACUUGAUAUUCAGGAAAGAAUGUUGCAAAUUAAAGAGGAAAAACACAAGAGUGUCAUUGCAUUGAAUUUGAUUAAGUUGCAAAUUAAAACUAUGGAACUUGAUAAGCUCAAAUUGAAAGCGACUUCUUCUCCUCAAUAAAAAUCCAUUAAAUUCUGUUUUUCGGAGUUUUGAAUUUACAAAGAAAUGCCAAUGACAACCAAUUAUUUAUUUACUUUUGUGUUUAAGUCAGAGAUGUUUUUAAAACGUCAAAAAAGUAUCUAAUUUAAAAUGAGUGUUGCUGUGGCAUUCUUUUAAAUCGGAGGAGAGAGUCGCAUUUAAGUAGUGUAAUUUGUUUUAUUGUA